AUGAGUAACGAAGAAGAACAAUAUGAGGAGAGCACCAUGGGAGGUCCGGGUGCCCCAACACCAGUGUCUGCACUUGAGGGUGUUAAUGGACUUACCGCACGAGAUAUCAAGCUUGUUGUGGAAGGUGGCUUCAACACGGUGGAAUCUAUCGCCUACACACCUCGGCGAGCUCUCGAGCAAAUCAAGGGAAUCUCGGAACAGAAAGCAUCGAAACUGUUGGCUGAAGCCUCCAAGCUGGUACCAAUGGGCUUCACAACCGCCACGGAAAUGCACUCACGUCGCAGCGAACUUAUUUCUAUCACCACAGGAUCGAAGCAACUGGACACCCUUCUUGCAGGUGGAAUUGAAACUGGCUCCAUAACAGAGAUUUUUGGCGAAUUCAGAACGGGCAAAAGUCAGAUUUGCCAUACAUUAGCCGUCACCUGCCAAUUACCCUUUGAUAUGGGUGGCGGAGAGGGAAAAUGUUUAUACAUUGAUACAGAGGGUACUUUCCGCCCAGUACGAUGUCUUGCCGUGGCAAAUCGAUUCGGCCUUUCUGGCGAGGAAGUCCUAGAUAACGUCGCGUACGCACGCGCCUACAACUCUGACCACCAACUAGAACUUUUGAAUCAGGCUGCACAAAUGAUGACCGAAACACGGUUCUCUCUCCUGAUUGUUGACUCCGCUACAUCGCUCUACCGUACAGAUUUUGCUGGACGCGGCGAACUCUCAAGUCGGCAGACGCAUCUGGCUAAGUUUAUGAGGACGCUUCAACGACUGGCUGACGAAUUUGGAAUCGCUGUUGUCAUCACAAAUCAGGUGGUUGCGCAGGUGGACGGUGGGCCGAGUGCAAUGUUCAAUCCAGACCCAAAGAAGCCGAUCGGGGGCAACAUUAUUGCACAUGCAAGUACGACCCGGCUGAGUCUGAGGAAGGGGAGGGGGGAAACCCGAGUGUGCAAGAUCUACGACAGCCCAUGUCUACCAGAGAGCGAUUGCUUGUUCGCAAUCAACGAGGACGGCAUUGGCGACCCCAAGGACAAGGAUCUGGAAGAGAGGAAUAAUCGAUGA